CAGACAAAUCUACACCAAAAUGCUCCGCACAACCCUCACCAAGACGGCCGCUCUCCGUCCCCUCCGCGCCGCAUUCACCACCACUGCCCGCGCCAUGGGCGAAGGCGACACUGGCGCUCCCCCCAAGACCGGCGGCCAAGGCGACGCCUUCCAGCGCCGCGAAAAGGCCGCCGAGGACUACGCCAUCCGCCAGCGCGAAAAGGAAAAGCUGCUCGAGCUCAGGAAGAAGCUGACCGAGCAGCAGGAGCACCUCGAUCGCCUCGCCAAGCACAUUGACGAGAUUACCAAGGAGCAGGGCGGCGAGCAAAACUAAAGGAAUUGCUGUAAACCGGACCUGCACGAGAAAGAGAGGCAGACGAGUCGCCUCAUCAUGGCAUGAGGGCGGCUUGACUGGGCAGUUCAAAUUGUAUUAUUAAGGUAGAGGGCAACAACAGCCCUCGGGGGGUCCGAAUCGCGCAUACAUCAUGAUUGCGUUAUCUGCCUCAUCGCUAGCCACGAUACCGUUCUGUAGAGCUAUAUGAGCUCCUCUCCACUUCUCGGAGG